UGUUUUACACAGCUGUUCAUUUGACAGAUGACUUUUUUAUGCAUUAACAAUUCCACCUGUCAUUUAUCUCAAUAAAAUUCAUUUCUGGGUCGAAAAGAACCGUAAUUUUCGCCUGAAUGCAUCAAAAUCGAUUAAUAACGAUGUAUCGAAAAAAUACGUAAUCGGUGACGUAAUAGUUUAAACAUAUCUCGAGCGAAAUCGGUGAAAACGUGAAUUAAUUAAAAAUAAUAUCUAUAUGUGUAGAAUGUGAAUCACCUGUAAGUUUCUCUAUUAAAAAAAUAGAAAACAAAUUAAAAGUAAGCAGAGAAACUUGGUAAAUUGAUCGCAAAAAUGGACGAUUAUAAAUUUUUAUUCAAAGUGGUUCUUGUUGGAAAUGCUGGUGUUGGUAAAACAUGUCUUGUGAGAAGGUUUACUCAAGGGCUUUUCCCCCCAGGACAAGGUGCUACGAUCGGUGUGGAUUUUAUGAUAAAAACCGUUGAAGUUGAAGGUGAAAAAGUCAAGCUUCAGAUAUGGGAUACAGCCGGACAAGAACGUUUUCGUUCGAUCACACAAAGUUAUUACAGAUCAGCACAUGCCCUUAUUUUAGUUUAUGAUAUUUCAUGUCAGCCUACUUUUGAUUGUCUUCCUGAUUGGUUGAGAGAAAUCGAAGAAUAUGCUAGCAGCAAAGUUUUAAGGAUUUUAGUAGGAAAUAAAAUCGAUCGAGAUGAUCGAGAAAUUCCUACUCAUGUCGGUGAAGAUUUUGCUGCUAGACAUAAUAUGUAUUUUUUGGAAACUUCCGCAAAAGAAGCUGAUAAUGUUGAAAAAUUAUUUAUGCAAAUCGCAGAAGAUCUCAUGGAGCAAGCAAGAAGUAAGGAUUUACUUCGUUAUGAUACAUCAACAGCUAAUAUAGAUAAUAAAACGACGUCUAUAUCAGAUUCAGGUUGUUGUAGUAAAUUGAUUUAGAUGAAUUGUGCAAUGUUAAUACAGUUGAUUAUGAUUAAUUAUUAAUAAGACUUAAUUGUUCUAAUUUAAGUGUAAUCAACUGUAUUUCUUGUUGUUGUUGGUUUGUUUUCCCAGUAAUUAAUAUUAAUUCUUUGAUUUUCUCAGGUGUUACUAUUUUAUUAGUUGAGUUUAAAAUGAGUAUUUUUUAAUGACACAAAUUAUCUUGAUUAGGAUCAAAUUUUGUAUUGCUUAACAGGUUGUGCCUAAAAAGUUCCUAAUUCUUUUCUUAUUUAACUUUUGUUCUCAAAAAUUUAAAUAUUACAAUAAAACGAAACAAAGACUUGUAUGUUUAUCUUGAAUUGAUUAGAUUUUGGUAAAUUUUUUAAUUAGAAAUGGUAAACAUAUCUGUAAGAGUAGAAAUUUUUGGAAUUGCACUCAAAAUAAAAUUAAAAAAAGCUUAAUAAAAUAUGUGUUGUGAAAACUCACGCAUUGUAUCUCUUUUUUUCAUUAAUUUAAUUUUUAUAAAGACUUUGGCACUAAGCUACGGUAGAUGUACUUAAAAUUUAGCUGUGAUUGACGCAUUUUUAUCUUUUUUGGUUUUUAGUGUAACUUAUUUUCUAACUUAUUACGUGUUAACUCUUAUAAUACUCCUUUUUAUAAUUAUUUAAAAUCGAUGGUGGUUAUGUACAGGGUCUAUUUUUGUCGUGUAUGAUUAGCUCACCCUGUAUUUAUUUUUAAUUUUAUUAGCAUGAAAAUCAAAGUGUGUAGUUGUUCUUUUUCGUUGAUUUAUCUAGAAAUGAACUAAUUUAUCUAGAUUUAUUAGCACUUUAUAGAUUAUUAUUAUAAAAUUGGUGUAGGAAUAUUAAUUUGUCACCCAUUUGAUUUGUUUUAAAUAUCUUUAUAAUGAACGUUAACCAAUAACCAAAGAAUAACGAGAUUAUUGUAAAAAAAUAUGAUUUAAUAAAGACUUAUUGUUCAAAACUCUA